CUAUUUUUUUAUUAUUUUUUUAUUUUAAAAACCAAAAUUCAAAAAGAUGUCAUUUCCCAUGAAAAAUAAUUUAUUUAUUUUCCCAUUCCCCUCAAUUUCUAUAUAAACAGGCCAAAUAACCCAAGAAAUUUCAAACACUGCAAUCAACCAAAUUAAACAAACAGACUUUCAGUUUCACUUUCUCUCUCUAAAAAAUAAAAAACACAGUACACAUAGUUGAUUGAAAUCAAGAAAUACAAUGGCUCCAAAAAUCACGAGCAUUCCUUCGAGCCGCGGUUCUUCAUCAGGUCUAGUCAAGGCCGGGAGUUUGCCCAGCCGUGCUUACGUCACCUUCUUGGCCGGCGCCGGCGACUACGUGAAGGGCGUGGUGGGUCUGGCCAAAGGCCUGAGGAAGGUCGGCACUGUGUACCCACUCGUGGUGGCGGUGCUGCCCGACGUUCCGGCCGAGCACCGCCGUGAGCUGGUGGAGCAAGGCUGCGUAGUGCGUGAGAUCGAGCCCGUCCACCCGCCGGAGAACCAGACCCAGUUCGCCAUGGCUUACUACGUCAUCAACUACUCCAAGCUUCGCAUUUGGGAGUUUGUGGAGUAUAGCAAGAUGAUAUAUUUGGAUGGGGAUAUUCAGGUUUACGACAACAUAGACCACCUUUUCGAUUUGCCGGACGGGUUUUUGUAUGGUGUAAUGGAUUGUUUCUGUGAGAAGACGUGGAGUCAUACUCCUCAGUACCGGGUCGGCUACUGCCAGCAGUGCCCGGGCCGGGUCGAAUGGCCCGUCGAUUUCGGUCCGAAACCCGCGCUCUACUUCAACGCUGGCAUGUUUGUAUUCGAGCCGAGUCUCCCUAUUUACCAUGAUCUUCUUCACGCACUCAGAAUCACCCCUCCCACUCCAUUUGCCGAGCAGGAUUUGUUGAAUAUGUUCUUUAAGGACAUAUACAAGCCGAUUCCGAAUGCGUACAAUUUGGUAUUGGCGAUGCUGUGGCGGCACCCGGAGAAUGUGAAGGUGGCGGAGGUGAAGGUGGUGCACUACUGUGCGGCGGGGUCCAAGCCGUGGCGGUACACCGGCGAAGAAGAGAACAUGCAAAGGGAAGACAUCAAAAUGCUCGUUCAAAAAUGGUGGGAUAUUUACGACGACCAGACAUUGGAUUACGUUCCUACUGCCGCCGCCGUCGCCGCCGCACCUGCUCAGUUGACGGCGGAGCUGACGGAGGCAGGUGGUGUUCGUUUUAUCGCCGCCCCUUCCGCCGCUUGAGAUUAUUAAUUGAUAUGUAUUGUAUAGGCCUUUUAGUUUUUUAGAUGGGGCUUGAGAUAUUACUAAUCAAGCCCAUCAAAGAAUAGGAGGUAUUGUAAUUUUAUUCCUGGAUUAUAGUUUAUAUAUUUUAUUUGGUAUGUUUUAUUUUCUUCAUAACGAAAAUUAAAAUUGUAGAAAAUUUCCUCCAAAUAUAUUUAUUGUUAGCUUGGCGCUUGUGUAUA